AUGAUUUAGCUUAACAAAUUCAAGUUAAAUAUUCGAACACGCUCUUAAAGUGUGUAGAAAAAUAUUAAAUCUGAUGAAGGCUUAUCUCCCUGCUUGAAAUUGAAUAAAAAAAUAUCUAGUUAAUGCAAGGAGAGCAGCGCAGGAGAUUAAAGCACUUUGGCGUUUACAGAUGUUGCCUAAGAUAGUCCUAAGGCUAAUAUAAUAUUUUAAGAACGCUAUACUCCAAAUGUAAGGGGUAACAGUAAUUAUGGAAGGACUUAUGGUCUUAGUUAAGAAUCGAAAUUUAAGUAAUUAGGAAGCUUUACUCCUUAAACGGUGGAGUCUGCAGAUUCUAAAGCAUACCAAGAUAUUGAUUAAUUGACGAAAUAUUACUAAAAUUUGAAACUUUUUGUAUCAGGUUCUCCUUCUAGAAGAAAAAGAGUGCUUUCUUCGUAUGUGAAAUCAAGCUCACCAUACCAAAAAAAGUCUGAUGUUUAAAGUUUUAGCAUAAGCCUUAAGAAUAGCGAAGAUCCAUAAAAUUUCUUAUUAACUAAUAUUAACAUUUCAAAUGACAAUAAUUACAAUAACGUUUAAAAAAAAUACAUAAGACCUAAUUCAUUAAGCUAAAGCCCGAAAAAAAAUUUUCUAAGAGAAUCGGGUUAUACCUCUGUGCUUAAAAACUCUUCUAUGAUGUAAAGUAAAUCACCUAAAUAGAUUUAAGAAGAGUUGGAGGAGAAAAAAAGAAUAUAAGAUAACUAAAAGAUAGAAUAAUUUGAUAACUUAAUAAAACACAGACUCUCAAAGAUGAUGGUUGAUCUGAGUAAGUUUGAAUCAGAAGAUUUUUAUGGAAAAGAUACGGCUAAGGGAGAAGCAAAACAAUAAAAAUAAAAGAUAAGUAUUCCUUUUACGUCAUAUCUAAAAAAAUAAGAUAAUGACCUCUACAUAGAAAAAUUUAAAGAAAUAACUAGAAAUCCUUAAAUGAAAAUUUAAUACGAUGAUCUAAUUAAGCAAGUUAGAGUUGAAAACCUUGAGAAACACUAGAUACUCGAUAAAUCUAUAAAAGAAGAAAAAGAUAAAUACAAACAAGAGCUUCUAAGUAGAAGUCCCCACGCAACUACAAUAUAUGAUAUUUUAGCAUAAAGUUAAAAAUCGAGAUUAAGGAUUAAAGCAAAACUUAAAGAGGAGUUGCCUUUGAUAUCUAGAUUUAAUACCCAAAUAUGA